GGCCAUGCUGAGCGACAUUGGGGAUUAUGUAGGGACAGACAUUGAAAUUUCCUGGCUACCUAAUCUGGAUGAUUUAAUGAAGGGCUAUGCCAGAAAUUUUCGCCCUGGGAUAGGAGGCCCUCCAGUGAAUGUUGCCAUGGCGAUUGAAGUGGCUAGCAUAGACCACAUCUCUGAAGCCAACAUGGAGUACACCAUGACCGUCUUCUUGAGGCAGAGCUGGCAUGAUGACCGCCUGUCCUACAAUCACACCAACAAGACUCUGGGCCUGGACAGCCGUUUUGUGGACAAGUUGUGGCUUCCAGAUACCUUCAUCGUUAACGCCAAAUCGGCGUGGUUUCAUGACGUGACGGUGGAGAACAAGCUGAUCCGCCUGCAGCCGAAUGGGGUCAUCCUGUACAGCAGCCGGAUCACCUCAACGGUGGCAUGUGACAUGGACCUAACCAAGUACCCUAUGGAUGAGCAGGAGUGCAUGCUGGACUUGGAGAGCUAUGGCUACUCCUCAGAGGACAUAGUGUAUCACUGGUCAGACAGUCAGAGACACAUCCACGGCCUCGAUAAACUGGAGUUGUCCCAGUUCACCAUCACGGAUUAUCGCUUUGUUACAGAGAUGAUGAAUUUCAAGUCUGCGGGACGAUUUCCGAGACUCAGCCUUCGCUUCCAGCUGAGGCGCAACAGAGGCGUCUAUAUCAUCCAGUCGUACAUGCCUUCCAUACUGCUGGUCGCCAUGUCCUGGGUGUCCUUCUGGAUCAGCCAAUCAGCCGUUCCUGCUCGUGUGACCUUAGGGAUCACAACGGUUCUCACAAUGACGACCUUGAUGGUGAGCGCGCGUUCCUCGCUGCCGCGGGCGUCUGCCAUCAAAGCCCUGGACGUGUACUUCUGGAUCUGUUACGUCUUCGUGUUUGCGGCCCUCAUCGAGUACGCCUUUGCUCACUACAACGCCGAUUACCGGUUGAAAGAGAAAACCAAGGUGAAAGCCAAGCUCAGCUCCGAGUCCAUCGUAAAGAACGGCAAACAAGCCAUGGUCCUGUUUUCCCUCUCUGUCACCGGCAUGAAUCAAGGCGUGGUUAUUUCUAACCGCCAGGGUCGCACGCAGCGCUCCAGCAGUGAAAUCCCUGGAGAGGGGAGUACGGAGGAGCCAGUGACCAGGAGGAGGAGGUCAAGGCCGGUGGAGGAGAGCGAGGAGGAGAAGAAGUGUUGCUCUAAGUGUGUCUGCAAGCCCAUUGAUGCGGACACCAUCGACAUCUACGCCCGCGCGGUGUUCCCCUUCACCUUCGCCGUGGUAAACGUCAUCUACUGGGUGGCGUACACCAUCUGAGGGUUGGGGCAGGAUGAAGCAAAGGGCUGCCAUCUGUAGAUGUAAAGAGAAAACCUUUAGAUUUGUGCCAACGAACUGCUGGAAACAGCUGAGCGGAACCUCUGCCUCAGCCUGGAAACAACUGACCAACUUCAGAGGACAACACGUCUGCACAGAGGAGCCUGAACACGAAGCGCUGGCUGACACUGGUGUCACCUGAUGGAGACGCCGCCUGAUGGAGACGCCACCUGAUGGAGACGCCACCUGAUGGAGGCGCUGCCAGACGGUGGCGAUGCCAGACGGUGACAUUUCCUUAAAGGGGCCCCACCAGGAAAAUUCUACUUUUUGAUUUUUUAAAUGCAUUUUACUGUUCAUUCCUCUCUAUAAAGAACCCCAAAGUGGCAUUUUGAUCCAUUCAUGCAUUUAAGAGUAAUCCUGCCCCUCCCAUACCCACGAAA